UCUAGAUGAAUACUAUACCGACGAUGACUACACACACAAGGAAAUAUAUAUAUCAGCUUUCUUUUCACCUAAAAGUGGUCCCGGUUUAGAAUCUAAUUCCUUUAUCUCUCAUUUUCUUCUGCUUCACAUUCCCGCUAGUCAAAUGUUAAUAAGUGCACACAACGUUUUCUCGAAGCAUUAGAAUGUCCUCCUCUUAAUUAAUCUCCUUCUGAUUAGAUUCUCAAUAGAGUUUAAAUUUGUUAAUGGAGAGAUAUAUUGGGACCCUCAAGGCUUCUAAUUAUACCACGUUUGGCAUAAUUCUCUAUCGUUUGGGGCCACAUCUUUCACACUUCAUUACCUUAUCACCAAAACAUAAAAUCAAUCAACUUUUUUUUGCCUUAUUGAUUGUGUUGGAUCCCUCCAAAAUUAAAACUUGUGUUCCCCACAAAAGCUUACCCAAUUUCACUUCAAUCUUAACAAAUAGGACCACCACUACCACGUACGGUUUGCAUCAUACAAACCACAAACUCCUUCUUCAUUACAAUUAUUAUAUCAUCUACUAAAACCUCUUUCUCCCUCUCUCUUUCUUGUUCUUAGUGCUAAAUUUUCUUUGUUCAGGAGAAAUAUAAUGGACCUCAAGUAUUCAGCAUCUCAUUGCAACUUAUCCUCAGACAUGAAGCUCAGGCGUUUUCAUCAGCAUCGAGGAAAAGGAAGAGAAGAAGAGUAUGAUGCUUCUUCUCUCAGCUUGAACAAUCUGUCAAAACUUAUUCUUCCUCCACUUGGUGUUGCUAGCUAUAACCAGAAUCACAUCAGGUCUAGUGGAUGGAUCAUCUCACCUAUGGACUCAAGAUACAGGUGCUGGGAAUUUUAUAUGGUGCUUUUAGUGGCAUACUCUGCGUGGGUUUACCCUUUUGAAGUUGCAUUUCUGAAUUCAUCACCAAAGAGAAACCUUUGUAUCGCGGACAACAUCGUAGACUUGUUCUUCGCGGUUGACAUUGUCUUGACGUUUUUCGUUGCUUACAUAGACGAAAGAACACAGCUUCUUGUCCGUGAACCUAAACAGAUUGCAGUGAGGUACCUAUCAACAUGGUUCUUGAUGGAUGUUGCAUCAACUAUACCAUUUGACGCUAUUGGAUACUUAAUCACUGGCACAUCCACGUUAAAUAUCACUUGUAAUCUCUUGGGAUUACUUAGAUUUUGGCGACUUCGAAGAGUUAAACACCUCUUCACUAGGCUCGAGAAGGACAUAAGAUAUAGCUAUUUCUGGAUUCGCUGCUUUCGACUUCUAUCAGUGACAUUGUUUCUAGUGCACUGUGCUGGAUGCAGUUAUUACCUAAUAGCAGACAGAUAUCCACACCAAGGAAAGACAUGGACUGAUGCGAUCCCUAAUUUCACAGAGACAAGUCUUUCCAUCAGAUACAUUGCAGCUAUAUAUUGGUCUAUCACUACAAUGACCACAGUGGGAUAUGGAGAUCUUCAUGCAAGCAACACUAUUGAAAUGGUAUUCAUAACAGUCUACAUGUUAUUCAAUCUUGGCCUCACUGCUUACCUUAUUGGUAACAUGACUAAUUUGGUCGUGGAAGGGACUCGUCGUACCAUGGAAUUUAGGAAUAGCAUUGAAGCAGCGUCAAACUUUGUUAACAGAAACAGAUUGCCUCCUAGAUUAAAAGACCAGAUAUUAGCUUACAUGUGUUUAAGGUUUAAAGCAGAGAGCUUAAAUCAGCAACAUCUUAUUGACCAGCUCCCAAAAUCUAUCUACAAAAGCAUUUGUCAACAUCUUUUUCUUCCAUCUGUUGAAAAAGUUUACCUCUUCAAAGGCGUCUCAAGAGAAAUACUUCUUCUUCUGGUUUCAAAAAUGAAGGCUGAGUAUAUACCACCAAGAGAGGAUGUCAUUAUGCAGAACGAAGCGCCGGAUGAUGUUUACAUAAUUGUGUCAGGAGAAGUUGAGAUCAUUGAUUCAGAGAUGGAGAGAGAGUCUGUUUUAGGCACUCUACGUUGUGGAGACAUAUUUGGAGAAGUUGGAGCACUUUGUUGCAGACCACAAAGCUACACUUUUCAAACUAAGUCUUUAUCACAGCUUCUCCGACUCAAAACAUCUUUCCUUAUUGAGACAAUGCAGAUUAAACAACAAGACAAUGCCACAAUGCUCAAGAACUUCUUGCAGCAUCACAAAAAGCUGAGUAAUUUAGACAUUGGUGAUCUAAAGGCACAACAAAAUGGCGAAAACACCGAUGUUGUUCCUCCUAACAUUGCCUCAAAUCUCAUCGCUGUGGUGACUACAGGCAAUGCAGCUCUUCUUGAUGAGCUACUUAAGGCUAAGUUAAGCCCUGACAUUACAGAUUCCAAAGGAAAAACUCCAUUGGUAACGUUUUGCUUUCACCAUAAGCCAUUUAAAACCCUUACUCAUAAUCAUCAUCACAGCCGUUAAUUCGUCGUCUUAUAUUCAUGUUUCAGCAUGUAGCAGCUUCUAGAGGAUAUGAAGAUUGUGUUUUAGUACUCUUAAAGCACGGUUGCAACAUCCACAUAAGAGAUGUGAAUGGUAAUAGUGCUCUAUGGGAAGCAAUAAUAUCGAAGCAUUACGAGAUAUUCAGAAUCCUUUAUCAUUUCGCAGCCAUAUCGGAUCCACACAUAGCUGGAGAUCUUCUAUGUGAAGCAGCGAAACAGAACAAUGUAGAAGUCAUGAAGGCUCUUUUAAAACAGGGGCUUAACGUCGACACAGAGGAUCACCAUGGCGUCACAGCUUUACAGGUCGCUAUGGCGGAGGAUCAGAUGGACAUGGUGAAUCUCCUGGCGACGAACGGUGCAGAUGUAGUUUGUGUGAAUACACAUAAUGAAUUCACACCAUUGGAGAAGUUAAGAGUUGUGGAAGAAGAAGAAGAAGAAGAACGAGGAAGAGUGAGUAUUUACAGAGGACAUCCAUUGGAGAGGAGAGAAAGAAGUUGCAAUGAAGCUGGGAAGCUUAUUCUUCUUCCUCCUUCACUUGAUGACCUCAAGAAAAUUGCAGGAGAGAAGUUUGGGUUUGAUGGAAGUGAGACGAUGGUGACGAAUGAAGAUGGAGCUGAGAUUGACAGUAUUGAAGUGAUUAGAGAUAAUGACAAACUCUACUUUGUCGUAAACAAGAUAAUUUAGAAGUUGAAAAAUUAUAACGAAAUGAAGUUUGAGAUAAGAGAGAGCGUGACAAAAAAAUGAAAAACAAAUUGUAAUAUUUAUAUGCGUCCAUCAAAGUGAGAUGUAACACAUAUUUGGGUAAGAAACGUUCCAAAUAAUAAAUUUAAAUUUACU